CACUGCUCCCGUCCGGCUUCCCUCAAACCCCAAGCACCAAACCCUGCACCCGACAUGGCGAUCGCGGCAGAUUCUACCGCCGAUCAAGCACCAAACCCUGCACCCGACAAGGCCGUGGGCGAAUCCGUGAAUGCACCCACGCACCCUGACCUCGGGGAACCCAAUGCUGAAGCUGUUGACGAGGAGUAUGAAGAGGAGGAGGAGGAGCUGGACGGGCCGGCGGCGGAAGCGGCGGAGAGGGAGAAAAUUGAGGCGGUGUUCCGGCGGCUGUCGGACGCCCCUGUUGGCAUCCGCGUCCACGACGUCAUCAUCGAGGGCAACACCAAGACCCGUGACGCGCUCAUAGAGGCGGAAAUUGUGGACCUCAUCCGCUCUGCCGUCACCGUGCAGGACCUGGUGCGCGCCGCCAGCAUCGCCAACGCGCGCCUCAGGGGCCUCGAAGUGUUCGAUUCCGUCCAUGUCACCCUGGAUGCUGGCCCUCCCGAGCUGCUCGGCACCACUAACGUCCGUAUCGAAGUCGUGGAGGCGGCGAAUCCCAUCCAUGGAAGCGUCGGCUUCUUCUCCAAACCGGAGGCAAAGUCAUGGUCAGUUGAAGGUUCUCUCAGACUGAAGAACAUAUUUGGUUAUGGUGACAUCUGGAAAGCUUCGGGAGCAUAUGGGUGGGACCAGUCAUCAGAGAUAGGUUUUGGAGUGUCCUUGCCCAGAUUUAGAUCAAUACCAAUUCCCUUAACAGCUCGGGCAUCAUUGUUGUCUCAUGAUUGGCUGGAAUUCUCAUCAUACAAGGAGCGUCUGCUUGGCCUAUCCUUUGGUUUGCUUUCGACCAUGCACCAUCACUUAUCUUAUAAGCUGACUUGGCGUACCUUAACUGAUCCUUCACAAAUGGCAUCAAAAUUCAUAAGAAAGCAGUUAGGACAUAACCUUCUUUCUGCAAUGAAGUAUACAUAUACAAUUGAUCAAAGGGAUUCUCGUCUCAGGCCAACCAAAGGAUAUGCAUUUGUCUCGACAUCGCAAGUUAGUGGUCUAUGGGGCAGCAAAGGAUUGAGAUUCUUCCGCCAGGAGUUCGAUAUUCGUGGAGCUGUUCCGUUCGGCUUUUACAAUGCUGCCCUAAAUGCUGGCAUAUCAGCAGGGGUGGUAUUACCAUUGGGAAGGGGGUUUUGGGGAUCACCUUCAUCUGUACCCGAUAGAUUUUUCCUGGGAGGUCAUUCUUCUCCAGUAUGCAGCCUUGGUGGCUUAACUUCUCCAUUGGGUUUCAAAACAAGAGGAAUUGGCCCUACAGAAGUACGGAGAUUUGUUCCAAGUGAAUCUGUUAUGGAUGAUUCUUCAGACUCUCCAGGACAGGAUUAUUUGGGAGGUGAUUUCGUGGUCUCUGCAUUUGCUGAUCUAUCAUUUGACUUGCCUUUAAAGUUAUUCAGGGAUGCUGGCAUACAUGGCCAUGCAUUCCUAACUGCUGGAAAUCUCGCCAAGUUGUCGGAGAGUGAGUUCAGGACUUUCUCAUUUUCUGAGUUUGGGCGCACAUUUAGGAGCUCAGCUGGUGUUGGUAUCAUCUUACCCACUAAGCUUUUCCGGGUGGAGGUAAACUACUGUUGUAUUUUGAAACAAUUUGAGCACGAUCGUGGGAAGACUGGGAUCCAGUUCAGCUUCUCGUCGCCAAUGUAGUAUAAAUGUGUUUCUGCAGCUGCUUAUCCCUCUGCCCAGGAAUGUCCUGCCUGGUUGCGAUGAACCAUUUUCAUUUUCUGUUUUGUCUCACUGAAACAUCUUUUUUAAGAAGUAGGAGUCCAGCAAAUCCACCAUCAGAUGAUUUGGUCUACGCUGGUCCUUGAGCAUUAGAACCAGAAGAGGUAACACUCUUAUCAGUCUCGUUCUUGAGCAUUAGAACCAGAAAGAGGUAACAUGAUAACGGGUAUUGCCUCAUGCUCAAUAGAACAAUACGGAUAUGUAGUAUGUUGGUGUCUCUUGAAUCUGUCAUAUGAUUCAUUUCUUGACGUCU